AUGACCCGUGAUCUACAAAACCAUCUGCUCUUUGAAGUCGCCACAGAAGUUGCCAACCGUGUUGGUGGGAUUUAUUCUGUUUUGAAAAGUAAAGCUCCAAUUACUGUCCGUCAAUACCGUGAUAACUACACUCUAUUGGGUCCAUUGAACCAUGCUACUUACCAGACCGAAGUCGACCCAUUGGACUGGAACGACCCUGAAACUUUCCCUGGUGAAUUGAACCCAAUCCAACAAACUCUUCGUUCCAUGAGUGACCGUGGUGUCCGUUUUGUAUAUGGUCGUUGGUUGGUCGAAGGUUCUCCUCGUGUGUUGCUUUUCGACUUGAGUUCCGUUUCCGGCUAUUUAAAUGAGUGGAAAACUGACUUGUGGUCCUUGGUGGGUAUUCCAUCUCCAGAAAAUGAUACUGAAACUAAUGAUGCUAUCUUAUUGGGUUACACUGUUGCUUGGUUCUUGGGUGAAUUGGCUCAUUUGGAUACUCAACAUGCCAUCAUUGCUCAUUGUCACGAAUGGUUGGCCGGUGUCGCCUUGCCAUUGUGUAGAAAGAGACGUAUUGAUGUCGUGACUAUCUUCACCACACAUGCCACUUUGUUGGGUAGAUACUUGUGUGCUGCUGGUAAUGUUGAUUUCUACAACACUUUAGAAUCUGUUGAUGUCGAUCGUGAGGCCGGUAAGAGAGGUAUUUACCACCGUUAUUGUGUCGAACGUGCUGCUGCUCACACUGCUGAUGUCUUUACCACUGUUUCUCAAAUUACCGCUCUAGAGGCCGAACAUUUGUUAAAGAGAAAACCUGAUGGUAUCUUGCCAAACGGGUUGAACGUUGUCAAAUUCCAAGCUGUUCAUGAAUUCCAAAACUUGCACGCUAUAAAGAAGGAAAAAAUUAACGAAUUCGUCAGGGGCCAUUUCCAUGGUGCCUUUGAUUUCGAUUUGGAUAACACAUUAUACUUCUUCAUCGCCGGUAGAUACGAAUACAAAAAUAAAGGUGCCGAUAUGUUCAUUGAAGCUCUAGCAAGAUUAAAUUAUAGAUUAAAGGUCGCUGGCUCCAAAAUGCACGUCGUCGCCUUCAUCAUCAUGCCUGCCCCAACCAAUUCAUUCACUGUCGAAGCUUUAAGAGGUCAAGCCGUCGUCUCACAAUUAGAAAACACAGUUAAGGAAGUCACUGAUUUGAUUGGUAAGAGAAUCUUUGAUCAUGCAAUGAAAUAUCCUCACAUGGGUGUCACCACUGAAUUACCUACCGAUUUAGAUGAACUCUUGAAACAAUCAGACAAGGUCUUGUUAAAGAAACGUACCCUUGCAUUGAGAAGACCACAAGGUGAAUUACCACCAAUUGUCACUCACAACAUGGUUAACGACUCUACAGAUCCAAUUUUGAACCAAAUAAGACACGUCCAAUUGUUCAACCAACCUUCAGACCCAGUCAAGAUUAUUUUCCAUCCUGAAUUUUUGAAUGCUAACAACCCAAUCUUAGGCUUGGACUAUGAUGAAUUCGUCAGAGGUUGUCAUUUGGGUGUUUUCCCAUCUUACUACGAACCAUGGGGUUACACACCAGCAGAAUGUACUGUUAUGGGUGUCCCAUCUAUUACUACAAACUUGUCCGGUUUCGGUGCCUAUAUGGAAGAUUUGAUUGAAACUAACCAAGCCAAGGAUUACGGUAUUUACAUCGUCGACCGUCGUUUCAAAGCCCCAGAUGAAUCUGUCGAACAAUUGGUCGAUUACAUGGAAGAAUUCGUCAAGAAAAACAGAAGACAAAGAAUCAACCAAAGAAAUAGAACUGAAAGAUUAUCCGAUUUACUAGAUUGGAAGAGAAUGGGUCUAGAAUACGUCAAGGCUAGACAAUUAGCCCUAAGAAGAGCUUACCCUGACGAAUUCAGAGAAUUGAUUGGUGAAGAGUUGAGUGAUACAAACAUGGACACUUUGGCUGGUGGCAAGAAAUUGAAAAUUGCAAGACCUUUAUCUGUACCUGGCUCUCCUCGUGAAAGAGCAAAUAGUAUUUCCAAUAGCGCUGUUUUCAUGACUCCAGGUGAUUUGGGUACUAUCCAAGACGCCAAUAACGUAGAUGAUUAUUUCCAUCUAAGUUUGAACGAUGAUGAUCAAGAUGCUGAUGACGAAUAG